GUAUGUUUCCAUUUCUGAUUCUUGGUUUCAAAAAGGGAAGCACUGAUGUGAAUACAAGCUUCUGUCAACCCAGGGACCGGAUACAAUUUUGAAUUCCACCUUAAAUUGCUGAGACACUGGGCUCCAGGUCACAGUGGACUUUAAUCUGAAGAAUUCUUUGGCAUAAAAAUGAAAAUAAAAACAGUAAUCAGUACAUGUUGUUUCAUUUAGUCUUGUUUGCCUUUCAUAUUAGAGAAAAUUCUUGCCAUACCUCAAACCAAAAUUAAGGAGAAAAGAACGAAGUUAGCCACAUAAAGCUGACCAAGAGCACAAACAUCUUACUUUGAAUCCACAAAACUCUGUAUAAUGAAAAGAAGUACAAAAUUUUAAUUCAACCCAAGUGUUUUCCAAGCAGAUUGUAUUUACUUAAAUUGCUACAGUAAUUCAAAGGACAGCCCUGUCUGAACACAGAGUUACUGUGGAUUUUUAAGAAACUCCGCUAAAGAAUUUAGGCAUUUCUGAUUCAGUUAAAGGAUUGCCAAUUCAUCAAUCCCUGAAACUAAAGCAAUCUCAACAGGACAAAAGAACAUGGGCUUUUUAAGUCCAAUAUAUGUCCUUUUCUUCUGUUUUGGAGUUAGAGUAUCCUGCCAAUAUGAAGCUUACCGAUGGGAUGAAGAUUAUGACCAAGAGCCAAAUGAAGAUUAUGAGCCAGAAUUCCAAUUUCAUCAAAAUAUUGAAUAUGAAGUUCCCUUUUAUCAUAAUAUUUUAGGUUGUGCUAAGGAAUGCUUCUGUCCAACUAACUUUCCAACAUCAAUGUACUGUGACAAUCGUAAACUCAAGACUAUCCCAAAUAUUCCAAUGCACAUUCAGCAACUCAACCUUCAGUUCAAUGACAUUGAGGCCGUGCCUGCAAAUUCAUUCAUCAAUGCAACUCAUCUUAAAGAAAUUAACCUUAGCCACAACAAAAUUAAAUCUCAAAAUAUUGAUUAUGGUGUGUUUGCUAAACUUUCAAAUCUACAACAACUUCAUCUAGAGCACAAUAACUUAGAAGAAUUUCCAUUUCCACUUCCUAAAUCUCUGGAAAGACUCCUUCUUGGUUAUAAUGAAAUCUCCACACUUCCAACAAAUGCCAUGGAUGGGCUGGUAAACGUGACUAUGCUUGAUCUCUGCUAUAAUCAUCUUUCUGAUUCAAUGUUAAAAGAAAAGAACCUUUCCAAAAUGGAAAAAUUAAUGCAGCUCAAUCUAUGUAAUAACAGAUUAGAAUCAAUGCCCCCUGGAUUGCCUUCAUCACUUAUGUAUCUAUCUUUAGAAAAUAAUUCCAUUUCAUCUAUACCAGAUAAUUAUUUUGACAAACUUCCAAAACUUCAUGCCCUAAGAAUAUCACACAACAAACUGGAAGACAUUCCAUAUGACAUCUUUAAUCUUUCCAAUCUUAUAGAACUCAAUGUUGGACACAACAAAUUGAAGCAAGCAUUCUACAUUCCAAGGAAUUUAGAACAUCUAUACCUACAAAAUAAUGAAAUAGAAAGUAUCAAUGUGACAAUGAUAUGUCCUUCUCCUGAUCCAACACACCAUCACCAUUUAACAUACCUUCGCGUGGACCAAAAUAAGCUGAAAGAACCAAUAAGUUCAUACAUCUUCUUCUGCUUCCCUCGUAUACAUAGUAUUUAUUAUGGUGAGCAGAGGAGCACUAAUGGUGAAACAAUUCAACUGAAGACCCAAGUUUUCAGGAGCUACCAAGAGGAGGAAGAGGAAGAUGACCAUGACAGUCAGGACAACACUCUUGAGGGUCAAGAAGUAUCAGAAGAGCACUUUAAUUCUCAUUACUAUGAAAUGCAAGAGUGGCAAGAUAAUAUAUAAGUACACAUUUAUGACUCCAUAAAGCCUUACUAAUUACAAAUAUAAACAUAUUAACUACUCAUAAUAAUAUGUCUACAAGUAUGUUUUAGUAUAAAGAUCAGAACUGCAUUUAAGAUGUUGGUGAAAAUGGCUUUAUUUCAUAGGCUUAGAGCUUACUAAAAAUGAUACAAAUCUUAAGAAAUACAAAAUAGAAUAGUAAGUGGGAAUAAAAAAACCCUAAGCUCAAA